AUGUUGCCGUUAGUGGCCCUCUGCUAUAUUCUCAGCCCUGUGCUCGCCGCAUCGCUCCGUAUUACGGUCACGCCCUCGAAUAUUCUCCCAAACCCCAAUGUCCUGCCAGCUUCGACGCAUGCUGUCUUAACGUCAGGCUCUGGACCGCCGAUCAGGGCUGUCCUGCGAAAGGGCAACUACUUUGAAUUUCCCGAAAUCUCCACUUCUGGGUCACAUCUCCUCGACAUCUACAGUCACGACUACGUCUUCGCACCCUACAGAAUCGAUAUAUCCCCCUCAUCCGACUCCGACGGUACCGUGGUUGCAGGAGCUUGGGAAACAUACCGCGGAACACGAUGGGACGAUCGAGGAGUUGCCCUGGUGGCCGCACCUACAGGGCAAUUGGACAUGUCGGCCAAGAUUCUAUCGAAGAAGAACUUUUACGAACAGCGCCAGGGUUUCAAUCCCUUGAGUCUUUUGAAGAAUCCAAUGAUCCUCAUGGCGGUCGUGGCUCUUGCUUUUACGUUCGGGAUGCCCAAGUUGAUGGAGAACAUGGAUCCCGAAAUGCGCGCCGAGUAUGAAGAGAUGCAGAAAAAGAGUCCCAUGGGUGGUCUGACGCGAGCCAUGCAGGGUGGAGGUGCUGGGUCUGCAGCGGAGAACUUUGACCUCGCUGGCUACCUGGCGGGGUCUGGCAAAAGUACGGGCACUGACCGAAACCCAGACAGUAUCCGCGAAAGAAAGCGAUAG